CGGAUUGGUUGAACGUCCGUCCAAAUGUUUACAGGAAAUAUGGCUUCCCCGUCUGUUGGAGAUCCUCAAGAGAUGGAAGUGGACCGGCGGGGUGAGUCUGAGGAAUCUGGUGAUGAUGAGAUCCGGAGGAAGAGUAUCAAUGGUGAGACGGAUCCAAAUCAACCCGCAGCCACAAGUAAAGAGGAGUCCCCAGUUGAUAUGGACACCAUAACCCUGGACCCAGAGGAAGAGGAUGUUGACCUUGUUCACUGCCGUAUUGGUAAGAUUGAAGGAUUGGAGGUGCUUCAGAAAGCUAAAACACUCUCCUUGCGUCAGAAUCUCAUCAAAAAAAUAGAGAACCUUGAUAGUCUGAGCUCGCUGCGGGAAUUGGAUCUCUAUGACAAUCAGAUCCGCAAACUGGAGAACCUGCAGAACCUCACAGAGUUGGAACAACUGGAUGCAUCCUUCAACAUCCUUAGAAAGGUGGAAGGUCUGGAGCGAUUGACUCGACUGACGAAACUCUUUCUACUUCACAACAAGAUCAAUUCCAUUGCCAACCUGGAUCACCUCACAGUUCUGGAGAUGCUGGAGCUGGGCUCCAACCGCAUUCGGGUAAUAGAGAACUUGGAUUCACUCACAUCCUUGCAAAGUUUGUUCCUUGGCACUAAUAAGAUAACUCAGCUUCAGCAUCUAGAGGGUUUGCACAAUCUGACUGUUUUAAGCAUCCAGAGUAACCGCAUCACUAAAAUUGAGGGUCUACAGAGCCUGGUCAACCUGAGAGAGCUGUAUCUGAGCCACAAUGGCAUUGAGGUCAUUGAGGGCUUGGAAAACAAUAAAAGGCUCACGACUCUGGACAUUGCAGCCAAUCGAGUAAAGAAAAUUGAAAACAUCAGCCAUCUGACAGAGCUACAGGAAUUCUGGAUGAACGAUAAUCAAAUAGAUAACUGGUCAGAUCUAGACGAGCUGAAGAAUGCAAAAAAUCUGGAGACAGUCUAUCUGGAGAGGAACCCACUACAGAAGGACCCUCAGUAUCGGCGAAAGAUCAUGCUUGCAUUGCCCACCGUGCGCCAGAUUGAUGCUACUUUCAUACGCUUCUGAGUCACAGUCUCACACUUUGCCUGCUGUUUUUCCACACUGUUCUCCCUCACCACCCUGCCUGCCCCACCCACAAAAUGGACCUCAUUUUGAAACAUGUUGGCCUCACAGACACUGGUCUAUGCGCACAGAGUCUUACUUGCUCAUGUACAAAUAUACAUGUACACUGACGUUAAAUUCACCCAUGGUUCAUCCACAUGCAAUCACAUGUAUUCAUGCACAAGUUGAUCUAUGCUAUAGUCUGAACGCUUAGUAAUUUAUUUGGCUGGAUAUGAACUGUGAAAACAACAUUUCAAAAAGUUAAUUCAACAAUAUCCUCAUUUAUCCUCCCUAUUCCCAAUUUUUUUGCAUGCAUAAUACAGUAUGAGACGGGGGCUUAUUCUGCCGUCAUCAUGACAAUGCCCAUCUUAUAACAGAGAGGCAGUCUUAUUUUAUCACGGUAUUAUUGAAGUUGCAUUGCAAAAUCACAAGGUGUUGGUGUCAAUCCUACUUUUAACGGUCUUAAGGAAUUUUACAAGUAUUAAUCACUUGUUCUGACAGGAUGAAACUGGUCUCAUAAGAUGUAUUCCAGGUACUAGGCCUGUGAAUAAAGCUAAGAAUGUGCAUCCAAAAUUCUGUAACAUCAAGAUGGCUGAAAGGGAAAAUCCAUUCUAUAACAGCUUACAAAAAUUAACCCUUGGUAUGUUAUAUGUUUGACAAUUUAGCUCAACAUGCACCUUGGUACCUUCUGCCUCGAAAUAUUGUACUGAGUUGGGUAGCAAAUGGUACUGUCAUGGAAAUAUUAUGAAUGCUACUUCAUACGCCAUACCGAAACCCCACAGUACAUUUUUUGAAGCAGUUCAAUAAAGCUGCACUUAAACACACUGGUCUACGAAGGAAAUUAUAUGCUACAAAAAUUGGCCAAUUUAAAUUAAUUGCUGAAUCUGCAUCUAAUUAAUCUUGCUCUGAUGUGCAUAUCAGGCUGUCCAGCAGGCUGUGCACUCAUCACCGGUUAGUGUGAUGAUGUAACAUUUGAACUGUAAAGUCAUUAAAUUCUCAAGGAGACAGAAAUAGCAUCUGACCGAAGUGAUCAAAAGAAGAGCAGUACAUACAUAUUCUUUUAUGCUUAAGCUUCUCAAAGUUGUUUGUAAUUGCUCUGAUAUGGGACAGCUCAGUCCCACAAGUCUGUCCCAGUGUGACCCUUAGAGCUGCAUCUUUGACGGUAUUAGAGACUGACUUUGUUGACACCACGACAGUAUCUAAGUAUACAGAGUUGGCAACAGUGUUGGCAACAGGGAGCACUACGAUGAAAUAAAGCUUGUUUAGAUGUGAAAUGGCAUUCUAAUGUGUCUGUAAAGUUAGUUUUGGAUUUGAAGUCAGUGAAGCAGUUAUUGCAGUUUGGUUUUGUCUCGUUUAAUUUCCCAAGUCAAAGCUUUGGUUUUCUGGUUUCUAGCUUUGGGAAAAAGUGUUCCUGUACAGAAAAGGCAACCUGUUAAAAAUGAUUAAAGUAAUAUGUAUGAAAGUUAUGGCAUUACAGUAACCUCUGCUUUCUGUAAUAUUGUUAGGCUAAAGUUCCCUACAUGGGAAUAUUUUUGGUGUGAAUGAGUUGACCACGUUCUAACGAAAGAUUUAUUUGUUAAUCAAAAACUGAGUUGAUCACACACAAAUACUGACAGCCAUCCUUGUCUUUUGUACAUAAUUCAAUUAAAAUAUGGCUUUGCUUUUGAGUCA